AUGAUCAAUAUAGCGGGCGUGAUCUCAAUCAUCUUGUUCUACGUGCUGAUCCUGGCCGUGGGCAUAUGGGCCGGACGUAAGAAGCCCCCGGGGAACGACUCCGAGGAGGAGGUGAUGCUGGCGGGCAGAUCCAUCGGACUCUUCGUUGGCAUUUUCACUAUGACAGCGACAUGGGUGGGAGGCGGGUACAUCAACGGCACCGCGGAGGCCAUCUACACCUCGGGGCUGGUGUGGUGCCAGGCGCCGUUCGGUUACGCACUCUCAUUGGUCUUUGGUGGUAUAUUCUUCGCUAACCCAAUGAGGCGGCAGGGCUACGUGACCAUGCUGGACCCUCUGCAGGACUCGUUCGGCAGCCGCAUGGGCGGGCUGCUGUUCCUGCCCGCGCUGUGCGGCGAGGUGUUCUGGGCCGCGGGCAUACUGGCGGCACUCGGAGCCACUCUCGCGGUGAUAAUCGACAUGGACCACCGUACGUCGGUGAUCUUUAGCGCGUGCGUGGCUGUCUUCUACACACUAUUCGGGGGACUGUACUCAGUGGCGUACACAGAUGUUAUACAACUGUUCUGCAUCUUCAUCGGGCUGUGGAUGUGCAUCCCGUUCGCGUGGGCCAACAAUCACGUGAAACCUCUCAGCUCCAUGGAAGUGGACUGGAUCGGGACAAUCGAUCCAGCUUAUUACUGGUUCUACGUCGACUACGGUUUGCUCCUGAUCUUCGGAGGGAUACCGUGGCAGGUAUACUUCCAGCGUGUGUUGAGCAGCAAGACAGCGGGCCGUGCUCAGAUACUGUCCUACGUGGCGGCCUUCGGCUGCAUCAUCAUGGCCCUCCCGCCGGUGCUCAUCGGAGCCAUCGCUAAAGCCACUGCGUGGAAUGAGACCGAUUACCACGGCGCUCUGACUCCGACCGGUGAACUACCACCAGAGCAGACCUCCAUGAUCUUACCCCUGGUCCUGCAGCAUCUCACUCCUGACUUCGUAUCCUUCUUCGGUCUUGGAGCGGUAUCAGCUGCCGUCAUGUCCUCCGCCGACUCCAGCGUACUGAGUGCAUCCUCUAUGUUCGCGAGGAACGUGUACAAGCUGAUCUUCCGGCAGAACGCUUCGGAAAUGGAGAUCAUCUGGGUGAUGAGGGUCUCCAUCCUUGUAGUGGGGGUAUUGGCUACCGUCAUGGCGCUCACCAUACCAUCUAUUUAUGGCCUCUGGUCUAUGUGCUCCGACUUGGUUUACGUGAUUCUAUUUCCUCAACUACUAAUGGUGGUCCACUUCAAGAAAUAUUGCAACACCUAUGGCUCACUGGCGGCGUACAUCGUGGCAGCCCUGGUUCGGCUCUCAGGCGGGGAGAAGCUGCUGGGUCUACCCGCCCUGAUCCACUACCCGGGAUGGGAUGCGGAGAACGAGGUCCAGUUGUUCCCCUUCAGGACUAUGGCCAUGGUGAUGUCACUGUUCACACUCGCCUUCAUCUCCUGGCUCUCUGUGUACUUGUUCAACUCCGGCUACUUGAGCCCCGAAUCGGACUACUUCAACUGCGUGGUGAACAUCCCCGAAGACAUCAGGCGGGUGGACGAGCCGUCUGAGGCCGGCGAGCAGAUGUCCGUGCUGGGCGGCGUGCCGGGCCGGCUGUACGGCGCCGCCUCCACGCUGGUCGGACCGGACGAGUCCACCGGACGGAUCAACCCCGCACUGGAACCGGACGACGACCUGGACGACCCCAACGACGGCCCGACCCCGCUGUUCGGCACCAGCAACGCCCCGCCGCCGGUGCAACCGUUCGGCAAACAAACUGCUUUCUGA